AUGCUCUGGGCGAUUGCAGGAAAGGAGGUGUGCUUCACAAGACUCGGCUGCUUCAGCGAUGAUUUCCCAUGGGCAGGAAUUGCAGAAAGACCCCUCAAAGUUCUGCCCUGGGCUCCAAAAGAUGUCAACACCCGCCUCCUCCUGUACACUAAUGAGAACCCAGAUAACUUUCAAGAACUCAUUGCUGAUCCAUCAACUAUCUCAGCCUCCAACUUCAAAACUGAUAGAAAAACCCGCUUCAUUAUUCAUGGAUUCAUAGACAAGGGAGAAGAAAGCUGGCUGUCUGACAUGUGCAAGAACAUGUUCCAGGUGGAAAGUGUGAACUGCAUCUGCGUGGACUGGAAAAGUGGGUCCCGAACCGCCUACACCCAGGCCUCACAGAACAUCCGAGUUGUAGGGGCAGAAGUGGCUUAUUUUAUUGACACUCUUCAGUCAUCAUUUGGGUACUCACCUUCCAAUGUCCACAUCAUCGGCCAUAGCCUGGGCUCCCACGCUGCUGGAGAGGCAGGACGGAGGACCAAUGGGACCGUUGGACGGAUCACAGGCCUGGAUCCAGCUGAGCCUUGCUUUGAGGGUACCCCUGAGUUAGUCCGCCUGGACCCCAGCGACGCCCAGUUUGUGGAUGUAAUUCACACAGACGCUGCCCCCAUCAUCCCCAACUUGGGGUUUGGAAUGAGCCAGACUGCAGGCCACCUGGAUUUCUUUCCAAAUGGUGGGUUGGAAAUGCCUGGAUGUAAGAAGAACAUCCUCUCUCAGAUUGUGGACAUCAAUGGGAUCUGGGAAGGGACGCGUGACUUUGUGGCCUGUAAUCACUUAAGAAGCUACAAGUAUUAUGCUGACAGCAUCCUCCACCCUGAUGGCUUUGCUGGAUAUGCCUGUGCCUCUUACAGUGUUUUCAAUGCAAACAAGUGCUUCCCCUGUCCAAAUGGAGGCUGCCCCCAGAUGGGUCAUUACGCUGACAGAUUCCCUGGGAGAACAAAUGAGAUUGGCCGGAAAUUUUAUCUGAACACUGGUGAUAGCAAGAGUUUCGCCCGCUGGAGAUACAAGGUGACUUUCACGCUAUCUGGAAAGAAGGUCACUGGGCAUGUGCUGGUGUCUUUGUUUGGAAGUGAAGGGAACUCUAAGCAGUAUGAAAUUUUCAAGGGCACUCUCCGUCCAGGCAAUACUCAUUCCAGUGAAUUUGACUCAGACAUAGAUGUUGGAGAUGUGCAAAAAGUUAAAUUUAUCUGGUACAACAAAGUUAUCAACCCAACUCUACCCAGAGUGGGAGCAUCCAAGAUCACAGUGGAAAGAAAUGAUGGGAAAUUGUUCAACUUCUGUAGCCUGGAAACUGUGAGGGAGGAUGUUCUGCUCACCCUCACCCCAUGCUAG